UAUCGGCUAUUCGGCAAUAGGUUUUUGAGAGGAGAGAAAGAAGAGAGAAGAGAAGGGAAGAGAUCAAGAGAGAUGGCACGCACUGAGGGAUGUGGCUGCGCUACUCCAUGCCCUUGCGGCGACGCUUGCAAGUGUGGGAUGGACAAGGAGAAAUCGUCCGCUCCAGGCGCUGAGACCUCAUCAUCGUUUUGCAGCUGCGGCGAGAAGUGCAGCUGCGACCCUUGCUCGUGCUCCAAGGUGAGCGCCUCGGGCGACGGCUUCUGCAAGUGUGGCAGCGAGUGCAAGUGUGACAAGUGCUCCUGCGCCAAGUCGGUGGUGGCGAGGGCGUGAACCAAGUGUCCUGAGCGUACUCCAUGUAAGAGGAAACAUGUGUUCCCUGUUGUCUAGAGGACAGUUUAUAAAAGCUUGUACUUUCUAGCUUCUUAUGAAUCAAACAAAAGUUCCAUCGUUUUCCUUA